CCAGUAUGGCCUCUAGUGUGAGGAAGUCAAAGCGGAGAAACUCCAAAUUUGAGUUGACUGAAGAAAUGAAGGCAGACAUCAAUGAGACUUUUGAGAUGUUUGAUCCAGACAAGACUGGUCUAAUGGAUACUCGGGAUCUGAAAGUGAGUGCAAUCGGUCUCUUUGACUGUCAAUUCAUCAGGGUCAUGUCAUUGAGUUCAAAAAACAUGCUUCCUAUGACCUACCAGAUGGCUUUUAGAGCUAUGGGUUUUGAGCCAAAGAAAGAAGAAAUCAAGAAUAUCAUCACUGAAAUUGACAAGGAUCGUACAGGUGAGACUCUUGAUUCUGCUUUUGUUCAAAACCACUCUGACUUUGAGGAAUUGAUUGUGGACAAGAUGGCUGAGAAAGAUUCAGAGGAGGAGAUCAGCAAGGCCUUUCGUCUCUUUGAUGAUGAUGAGACGGGGAAAAUUUCUCUGAAGAAUCUCAAAAGAGUUGCCCAGGAACUUGGAGAGAAUAUUAAUGAAGAAGAACUGAAGGAAAUGAUACUGGAGGCAGACAGAGAUGGAGAUGGGGAAGUGAACAAGGAAGAAUUCAAGCGGAUCAUGAAGAAGACGUGCCUCUACUGACUGCUUGUACCCAUGCAAUGUCAUGAAUUCGAAUUGUUGAGGGAUAUUGAUCUCAGUGCUUUUCUCCAAUUCCAUGUUGUAUCAAUGUCAAUCAUAUCGUUGUUCUUCCAACCCCCCCAUCCCCCCACUUGUGGGUAUUAAGGUUGUCUAGUCUGUUUCCUUUGUUUCUUCGCAUCAUUCAGUUUCCCCUCCUGGAUCUCAUAAUAAAGCUAAAAUUUUAUUUUACAUAUAAC